AUGUCUAAUAGUGCUUUAAACUGGGUUCCAGAAGGAGCGUGUACAACCGUCGGAGGAAGGUCAUUCCACGCAGCUACUACCCGAAGUGAAAAAAAGUUUUGUCUAAUGAAUGUCUCCUCAGAAGCUACGAUACUCCAGGGGAAACAUGUCAAACACCAAGGGAAGAGUUUCCUAGUCUACGGAUUUAACGCCGGGAGAUAUUUUCUUCACGGCUCGUUGAACACUAUCAAUGUGGGUUACGUCCUUACGUCCUGGGUAGAAAACUGGGUUGGAAAAGUCAGAAAAUCUGUCUGA